AUGGUUGAGGGCGACGUUAACCAGGGCAAGAAGUCCGUUUUCGGCAUGCCAGGCUUUGUCGUGGACUUCUUGAUGGGUGGUGUGUCCGCUGCCGUAUCGAAGACUGCUGCUGCUCCCAUCGAGCGUGUCAAGCUCCUUAUCCAGAAUCAGGAUGAGAUGCUGAAGACUGGCCGUCUCGACCGCAAGUACAGCGGCAUCGUUGACUGCUUCUCUCGUACCGCUAAGCAAGAAGGCGUGAUGAGCUUAUGGCGUGGUAACACUGCCAACGUCAUCCGUUACUUCCCUACCCAGGCUCUGAACUUCGCCUUCCGCGACACCUACAAGAGCAUGUUCGCCUUCAAGAAGGACCGUGACGGAUACUGGAAGUGGAUGGCCGGUAACCUGGCUUCCGGUGGUGCCGCUGGUGCCACUUCCCUCCUCUUCGUCUACUCCCUCGACUAUGCCCGUACCCGUCUCGCCAACGACGCCAAGUCCGCUGGCAAGGGUGGCACUCGUCAAUUCAACGGUCUCGUCGAUGUCUACCGCAAGACUCUCGCUUCCGAUGGUAUCGCUGGUCUUUACCGUGGUUUCGGUCCCUCCGUCCUUGGUAUUGUCGUCUACCGUGGUCUGUACUUCGGCAUGUACGACUCCAUCAAGCCCGUUCUCCUGGUCGGUCCUCUCGAGGGUAACUUCUUGGCUUCCUUCUUGCUCGGCUGGGGUGUCACCACUGGUGCUGGUAUCGCCUCGUACCCUCUUGACACCAUCCGUCGUCGCAUGAUGAUGACCUCUGGUGAGGCCGUCAAGUACAAGUCUUCCUUCGAUGCCGGUCGCCAGAUCAUGGCUGCUGAGGGUAUCCGCUCCUUCUUCAAGGGUGCCGGUGCCAACAUCCUCCGUGGUGUUGCCGGUGCUGGUGUGCUCUCCAUCUACGACCAGGCCCAGCUCCUCCUCUUCGGAAAGGCCUUCAAGUAA